AUGUUGCUACCGCGAAUUGUGUCUGUUGGGAUUUUUCUGGUCUGCGCGCACAGCUCUAGUGCCGAGAGCUUAAAAAAUGUUAGUGACCCUGAUUUCGGGUAUGAACUGACACUCGCUGGACUGGAAACGAUAAAUUUUAGUUUACUGCAGGAUCAGCUUCGAUCGAAGCAAUACUAUCAGACGCUUGAAUCGGUGGUAACAAAUCUUCAAAAUACUCUGAUCAACACGGAACAGAUUGUAAUGCGGCAAAGCAAACUUUUGAGCGGUUUUGAAUCCAAGCUGAAGAAGCUAGCUGCUACCGUUGAGCCGGUUGAAACCAUUCCGACGCUUCAGAAUGAACUCGAGUUGUUGUCUCACAACGUUUCUCGAUUGUUGGUUGACGUAGGAAACAUCCAUCGAGUCCAGCAAGUACUGCCAACAACGGAAAUGUUGAACGAUUUCAUUCUUAAAAUCAUGUCCGAUCGACUUCGAACGCAGGGAGCAGGAGCUAUCAAGAUGCUUGAACCCCCGGAACUACCAGCCACCUGUGCCCAAGUACCAGAACGACGUUCCGGUGUUCGACGGAUCCAUCCGCAGCCGGGUUUUACGGAUUCAUUCGAGGCUUACUGUGAACAAGAUUACGAAGGUGGUGGUUGGACCGUUAUACAGAACCGUUUCGAUGGAUCGGUAAACUUCUACCGCGGUUGGAGUGAGUACGAGUCCGGCUUUGGCAGUUUGAAAGGCGAGUUCUGGCUUGGGUUGCGAAAAAUCCAUGAACUUACCUACGGGAAGCCACACGAGUUGCACAUUAUAUUGGAAGAUUUUGAAGGUCAAACUGUGGUUGCAAAGUAUAGCCACAUCCUCGUUGGUGGUCCAAAUGAAAAGUAUUCAUUGAAUAGUCUAGGAAAUUACAGUGGGACUGCAGGUGAUUCACUUAGUGAUGCGGCGAAACUCAAGUUUACAACGUUGGACUCAGAUAAUGACACCCACAAUACGGAGAACUGUGCCGUACUCUUUCAGGGUGCUUGGUGGUACGGUGCCUGUCAUUCCAGUAAUUUGAAUGGAUUAUAUAUGCACGGAAAGGUGGAGGUGUUUGCUACAAUGAUGUGCUGGAAAGCGUUCAAAGGAUACCAUUAUGGUUUGAAGCGUUCCCAGAUGCUAAUCCGUGCCGCCAGCUGAGUCCCGAUAUGGUAUAACAAUAAUGUAAAGGUGAUACAAUGCAUUUAUGCAAUUGCGUUAACGGAUAAUAAAACCAACUGCAGCCAGUCAGAU